AUGAACGGCCUCGCCAGCGCGUCCACGGAUCCACAGUCUCUCCUUCACACAUCCACCAACUCUCUCGCGGGCGCGGCGCAUCCCAUUGGUGCUGGUUCCACCACCAUUCUCGAUUCACACUCGUCUCUUCAGGACUCGCACUCAUCCGUAGAUCAGGAUCCAGCUGCUACAGCCGUGGCAAAUAUCGCCCCGGACGAUCUUUCUCAUUCAGCAUCGCUUCAUCCUGCGACCGAGAGUCCGCAAACGGAAGGCGAAUUCGUUCAGACGACGGAAGUAAUUGGCGUCGCUCAAGACAAAGGCGGACACUCGGAGACGGAGAACGUAGAGGCUGAUACAUCCAUAAUUAAAGAAGACGGGGAGGUUCUGUUGAGGCAUGUCAAUGGUCAGAUUGACUUGGUUGAACAUACACCAACCCAUGAUCCUGGUCUAGGCGACGGAGGCUUGAUCAUGACUGACGAAGGUGGGGAUUGGCUGCCGGAAUCUGAUCAUGAAUUGAAACGCGUAAAGGUCUACCAGUUGACCGGAUCACGAUGGAUAGACCAAGGAACUGCUUUCUGCUAUGGCCAGAUCUCAGAAGAAACGAGCGACGCUCUUCUUGUGGCUCGGUCUGAACGAAACCCCAACCAAGUCAUUCUAUCGACAGCUAUUCGGUCGAAUGAUGUGUAUCAGCGUCAGCAAGAUACACUUAUCGUAUGGACCGAACCUGAUGGUGUUGAUUACGCCCUCAGUUUUCAAGAUCCAGAAGGUUGUGCAGAGACCUGGGCGUUCAUUCAGGAAGUACAACGCCAUAUGAAUAUGUCUGACGACCCGACUGUCGUAUCUUCGCCUCUACUAGGAGAGACUUCAGUUACAACGUCCAGCAUCAUUCGAUCUGGACACCUUCCGCCGCCGCAGCUAGGGAUCAUCAGCGAAAUUGAGAGAGCAAUCAAAGCAUUGGCAAGGACGCAGACCGUGAAAGAGAGGAUAUGCGACUAUAUUCAGCGAGAGAAUUACAUCAAAGCUCUCAUCAAAGUCAUGCAUACUGCCGAAGAUUUGGAAAACCUGGAGAAUUUGCAUGCCCUGUGUAGUCUCAUGCAAUCAAUACUGAUGUUGAACGACCACACGAUGUACGAACACAUCUUGGAAGAUGAUAUAUUUUUUGGUGUCGUCGGCAUGUUGGAAUACGAUCCAGACUUCCCCCAACACAAGGCCAACUACCGUGACUUUCUUCACAACACUGCUCAAUUUCACCAACCUAUCCCGAUGCGCGAUGUCAGUAUACAAAAGAAGAUUCACCACACCUACCGCCUCCAAUUUUUAAAAGAUGUCGUCCUUGCCCGCGCCCUCGAUGACUCCACAUUUAAUGUCCUCAAUUCAUGUAUCAUUUUCAAUCAGAUAGAUAUCAUCCAGCACAUUCAGCAAGAACCUCAAUUUCUACAUGAUGUUGUCCGGCUUUUUGUAAAUGAGGAUAUGCUGAUAGGAGGCAGCUCGACUGCAAGACGGGCAACCCUGCAAACUCAGCAACAACAACAACAACUUCAAGCUCCCGCAUCUUCAAAUCAGCUUACCCAUGAGCAACAUCCGCACGCAGACACCUCAACAUCAAGUUCUUCUCAAACACUAACUUCAACUCCUACCUCGCAGUCACAACCAUUGGUUAUUAGCCUCAAUACAAAUGGUGACAACGUCAAGACAGAUGCAUCUCAAAUGGAUGUAGACCAGAAGCCCGCUGCGUCAAGUCCAAAAGCUGUCAAUGGGACUAGCGCCCACACUAAUGGUCGAGGUAGACGGUCGAAUUCAUAUGCAUUUGCACCACCUGACGAUCUGUCGGAAGACGAUAUAGCACUUCGUAGAGAGGUAGUUCUGCUGCUCCAACAGCUCGCAAUAAUGGGCAAGAACGUGCAAAUGCCAGCGAGAAUAGGGCUUUUUCGCACCUUGGUCGAUCGCGGAGUUUUAUUUGCUGUGCAGUGGGCAAUGGAGUUGCCGGAGAAUGUGGACGCCAACAAGCAGAUGAUCAGUGCUGGAGGCGAGGUGUUAUCGGCACUGCUGGAUCAUGAUAUCAACGGUGUGAGGGCGCAUGUGCUGAAGCAGACUGUUGCAAUCGAAAAGGAGCGGGAGUCGGGAAAAAAAGGUGCCGAUAAGGCGGAGACAUUCUUGCAUGUACUUUGUCGAAUUAUGGCAAAGAGCAAGGAUCUCGCGGUACAGAGUCAAGUCGGCGAUGCUCUCAAGGUGUGGCUAGACACUCCCACCAUCGACAGCACAGCCGGAUCAGGCUCCGAGGUCGGGCCUAAAUUACCUACGAUGGUCCGUAAAGAUGAGCCAGGCACCGAACGCUUCAUCGAAUAUUUUUACAAGCAUUGCAUAUCGACACUCCUAAAACCUCUUUUGGAUCUCUCAGAAUGGAAGAAUUUCACUGAACCUAGCUUGUCACUUACGAGAGAUGCCACGAAUCGUUUCGUUUACCUAUGCGAUCUGGUGCAUAACUUUCUGCAACAGCACAAUUUCCGCAGCCAUUUUUAUAUCAUGUCUACCGACAUUCUCGCUCGUAUCGCCACGCUUUUCAAGGCCAAAGAUAAGCAUUUGCGCCACUCCGCCUUCCGUAUCUUCCGCUUGCUUCUAAAGCAAGGCAACCCGAAUUCUCAUACUCAGAUCAUGAAGCAUGAUAUCUUGAAGCCUAUUCUUGAUUUGACCCUUAAAGAAUCGCGGCGAGACAAUUUGCUGAGCUGCUCAUGUCAAGAGUAUUUCGAACACAUGCGCAGGGAAAAUAUGAAGGAUUUGAUCAAAUUUUGCAUGGUCCAUCACGAAUCAGAGAUUGAAAAACUUUCGAAAACUCCCCUCGGAGCCCAGCGUUUUGAGCUUUUCAUCCGGAGACAUGAAAUGAACAUUGCACCGCCUCCUGAAGUAUCGUCUCCCCCUGACAAAUCCGGUCUUGAUCGAGGAUGGUCGGGCCCGGGUCAUGUUCCUGACACUGCCGAGGAAGACUAUUUCAAUGCGGACGACGACGAAGAUGACGAAUAUAUCUCGACGACGAGUGGGUUCGUUCCUACGAGCUACCAGCAACGGCAAUGGGCGUCGUCUGCUGGUGGGAACGCAUCUUCAGUGGUCUCACCCCUGUCGACCAAUAAUACCGGCAUGAAGCGAAAACGGCGGCCAGGACUUACCAGUGCACCUAAAGGCUAUCGACCUCCCCCUCUUAAGGCACCACAGCUCAGCGCCUUACUUGACUAUGAAGAUGAUGACAACGAAGAUGAGGAAUCAGGCUCUUCCGAUGCGACUGAAAUCCUACCAGCAACAUCAGGCCCAACUGCUUCGGAUUUAGGUUCAACGUCACCGUCAUCUGAAAACUUUACAACGACGAGUCGAAGACCCACUGAUCAACCUGUUUCUCCUGUAAUAGAGUCUUCCGGUCCACCUCCAAUGCGCUAUAAUAAAGAAGACGAAGAAGACAACCUCCUCGAAGCUCUUGCACGGACACAGAGAGCGCGUUCGCAAUCACCAUCUCCUACCCUCGCCCCCUUGCGACCAAGUGAAAAAAGACGACGGGAAGACGACGAUGAUGACGAUGAGCUUCUUACCCGACUCACUAAGGCACCGAAGGCAGAAUCAAACAAGAAGCAGACGCCACAGAUAGCGCUGGGCAAAUCCAAAGCUGGAGAUGACCCGCCUUCCAAGAAAAUCAAGGUCAAGUUUGGUUCGGUCGGUUUAGCAGUGGCCUCUACGACAACGGCGCUUGCAGUUUCUCUUUCUAAAGAAGACGCCGAGUUGCCUUCUCCUCCCGCUGAUACUCCGCCUUCUUCAGAACUGGGAAAAAAAGACGAGGACACGGGGUAG